AUGUUUACCUGGCUGAUGAUGGGCAUCCUCCAGUUUGUCAGCGGGGAUCUAGUCCCCGAUUCAUAUGUGAAUACCACAAAUUUGUAUAAUACGAACGAGAGCUUAUUUACCACGGAACAGAGUCAUAGAUGGAUUAGUGGUAGUUCCACAAUUCAGCCAGAGGAUUCGCUUUAUGGCACCGAAUUACCCACUUAUCAACAUUGCAUUGCCACCAGGAAUUCCUUUGCGGAUUUGUUCACUGUGGUGCUUUAUGGAUUCGUUUGCCUCAUAGGAUUAUUUGGCAAUACCUUGGUGAUUUAUGUGGUUCUGCGGUUUUCCAAGAUGCAAACGGUGACGAAUAUAUACAUUCUGAAUUUGGCAGUUGCGGAUGAGUGCUUCCUGAUUGGAAUACCCUUUCUGCUAUACACAAUGAGAAUUUGCAGCUGGCGAUUCGGGGAGUUUAUGUGCAAAGCCUAUAUGGUGAGCACUUCGAUCACCUCCUUCACCUCAUCGAUAUUCCUGCUCAUCAUGUCUGCGGAUCGGUAUAUAGCUGUGUGCCAUCCGAUUUCCUCUCCCCGAUAUCGAACUUUGCAUAUAGCCAAGAUAGUUUCCGCUAUAGCUUGGACAACUUCGGCGGUCCUGAUGCUGCCGGUGAUUCUAUAUGCCAGUACUGUGGAACAGGAGGAUGGCAUCAAUUACUCCUGCAACAUUAUGUGGCCGGAUGCGUACAAAAAGCACUCGGGCACCACCUUUAUACUCUAUACAUUUUUCCUGGGAUUCGCCACACCAUUAUGUUUUAUCCUCACAUUUUACUAUCUGGUUAUUCGAAAACUGCAGUCAGUGGGUCCCAAACAGGCCACUAAAUCCAAGGAGAAAAGGAGGGCUCAUCGAAAGGUCACCAGACUAGUUCUCACGGUUAUAAGUGUGUAUAUUUUUUGUUGGCUCCCCCACUGGAUCUCACAGGUGGCCUUGAUCCACUCGAAUCCCGCACAGAGGGACCUAUCCCGACUGGAGAUACUCAUAUUCCUGCUUUUGGGGGCUUUGGUUUACUCCAAUUCAGCAGUGAAUCCCAUUCUUUAUGCCUUCCUGAGUGAGAACUUCAGGAAGAGCUUCUUCAAGGCCUUCACCUGUAUGAAUAAGCAGGAUAUCAACGCCCAGUUGCAGAUGGAGCCCAGUGUUUUUACCAAGCAGGGAAGUAGAAAGAGGGGUGGCUCCAAACGACUACUGACCACCAAUCAGCAGAUGCCUACUCUACUGCCAUUAAAUGCUGGUAACAACAAUUCAUCGACCACCACAUCCUCGACCACGACGGCGGAGAAAACAGGAACCACGGGGACACAGAAAUCCUGCAAUUCCAAUGGAAAAGUGACAGCUCCGCCGGAAAAUUUGAUUAUUUGUUUGAGCGAACAGCAGGAGGCAUUUUGCACCACCGCAAGAAGAGGAUCUGGUGCAGUGCAGCAAACGGAUUUGUAACCUAGUUUAAAUAGGCAUUUGUUUAA